AUGGGUGACUUCCUCGAUGACACCAACCUCAGUGCCCUGAGUGCAAAGACCGUGAAGGCGUUCCUCGACUUGGACUUGUUGAGAGCAUGUUGUGGGCUGCUACAAAGUGAGCCCCGCGCACUAGCGGACAACCCGUACGACUUGAACGUGGAGCUGCCGGGAGGCUUCGUGGGCGAGGAGCAGGAGCGGGUGAAAGAGGUGACGCAUAGGCGACGCCCUCUGCGCAAAGAGAACAAGCAAGAGGAGCAGAAGCGGGCCAAGAUGCGCGAGGCCUUGUUCGGCGAUAGGAACAUCCUGCUCCAAGAGCACUUCGUCGCAGCCAUCUUCAAGAGCCCUGCCUCCGCAGGCUGGUGUGCGCCUUUUAGCGUCUUCCCCAAGGGCGACGGCCUGAACAGCUGCACCUGCUCAUCCAGCGGCAGCAAGGACCAGGCCCAAUGCACCGAGCUGGCGUGUCCCAAGGUGGUUCUCCCACCGGGGCCAAACCCGCGACCUGUGGAGGAAGGCGCCUGCUGCCCCGGCAGGAGCUUCACCGCCUCCGACGGCUGCAACACCUGCAGGUGCGCGGGCAGCGGUCUCAAGAACGAGUCCGUGUGCACUCGGAUGGCCUGCCCCCCCUGGAUGGCUAUCACAGAGAACUGCACGGCCUUCAGCACCUACCCGGCAGGGGACGGCUUGAACACCUGCGUCUGCCCGGCGGACGGGAAGAAGAGCGAAGAGUUCUGUACCAGCUUGAAGUGCCCCGAGCCAAAAGAGGAAGAGGAAGACCGCUGCUGCCCGGGUGUGUCCUUCCCCGCCAGCGACGGCUGCAACACCUGCGUUUGCCCCGGCUCGGGCCUGAUGUCGGAGGCCGCGUGCACGCUUAUGGCCUGCCCGCCCCGGCCCACCAUUCUGCCGCCAGGCCGGUGCACUCCCUUCGUGGCCUUCCCCAAGGGCGACGGCACCAACACCUGCACCUGCCCUGCCAGCGGCCUCAGCAGCGAGGCGCGCUGCACCCACCUGCCGUGCCAGGCGACACUCUUGCCCUGA